CGGAACAAUCCGACCGGCCUCAGAACAGAAGGAAGUGGUGGAGUGGCGACCUUCUCCAGUGGGUUCGAUGUCCGAUGGGGAUUUGCAACGCGCCUGCCACGUUUCAACGAGCGAUGAACAUGACAUUCCAGAACUUCGUCAACAAGACGCGGCUAACUCAGGGAAUGAUCAACUUCUGCGUGAUCGUGUACAUGGAUGAUAUCCUUAUCUACUCAGAGACCUAUCACGGACACUCGCAACACAUCGAGUGGACAUUGGGAGCACUGAGAGACGCUGGGUUCAAGAUCACGCUCGAGAAAAGCGAGUUUUUCCUCUUGGAAUUUUCGUUCUUGGGCUACGUCGUGACACGUGGAGGACUGCGGCCGGACUCAAGAAAGGUCGCGGCGAUAAGAGAAGCCCCAGUUCCCACGUCGCUGACGCAGGUUCGAGCCUUCUUGGGGUUGGCAUCGUACUAUUGUCACUUCAUCAAGGGUUUCGCCGCGAUUGCACGACCACUAAUGAACCUGCUACGGAAGGACCAGCCUCUCAGCUGGGACGCGGAGCGCCAACAGGCUUUCGCAACCCUCAAGGACGCUCUGGCGACGUCUCCUAUUUUGAUCCGACCGGACCCCUCUAAGCAGUUCAUUCUCAUCACGGACUGGCAACCGGAAGCGCCAACAGGCUUUCGCAACCCUCAAGAACACGUCAUCGAGUACGCGUCGCGCACGGUACCAGAGGAGCGGAGGAAUGACUCGGCGCCUCAAGGCGAAUGCUAUGCAGUAGUCUGGGGAAUCCAGCACUUCCAUCCGUAUCUCUACGGACAAAAGUUUUGCCUCGUAACAGAUCACGAACCUUUGUUGGCGUUGAAGAAGCUCACUAAUUACACAGGCAUGAUUGGCUGUUGGGCGGUGCGACUACAAGAAUACGACUUCGAUAUCGUUCAUCGAAAGACAGAGCGACACGUCAACGCGGACGGACUGACACGUCUGCAUCGGCCUGCUAAAGUACCAAAGGGCGAGGAAAUUACACUGUGGAAGGAGCCGGACUUGACAAACGAGCCUAAGUACGGACAAGUGGCAGUUCUCCCACGUGGCAAGAAGCAGAACGGCGGCAAUGGGUGAUGGAGGUAACCCCACUACCCCUCUUUUUCCCCUCUCCUCUCUGUCCCUCCUCUUACUGCCUGACAAAUUUUGCUAUUUUUGCGA